GCUCCAGUCCGCGUCAGAUUUCACACUAAAUCUAAACCCCUCUGCUAAAUAAACGAAGCACAAAUUUAAAUAGCAAGGAGUAGAGUUUUAAAUCUUAAUCUUCGGGUAUUGUUCAAGAAUAUGUGAGACUGAUUCUUCGUUUUUAUAUCGUGAAGUGUAAUUAAAAGUAUUGUGACUAUGGAGAGGGCUAACCUUUUAGACUCAGAAGUUCGAUAUGAAGAACAAAGUGUCAGUGAAGUUCAAAGUCACACGACAUUACGGUUAACAGUUCGUGGGUGUUUAAACUCAGCGGCUCAUAUGUUGAUUGGUGCUAACGUAUUUGUGGCAUUAUGGUUUUCAUUUAAAUCAACUCCAAUAAGUGCAUUUCAGUUACAUGUUGGAUUAUGUGUAGUUGGGUACCAAUUGCUAAUGUCGCAUGCUAUUCUUUCACUAAACGAAGACAAUACGUGGUCGUCUCGAUUGCCAGUUCUAUACAGAAUGCGCCUACAUGUAGCUUUACAAAUAAUUGGAUCAGUACUGGCGAUAGCUGGCUCUGUAAUUAUGAUGAUGGAGAAAUCUGUUAACUUUACAUCAGUUCAUGGAAAACUUGCAUUAGCGGCGUUAAUAUUUACCAGUGUCAGCCUUAUCAAUGGAACAAUCUCGUUCUUUUCAAACGGACGAAGGAAUACAAUUAAGAUUGCAAAAAUGAAUCAUGUACUUUGUGGAACGGCCGCUUUUGUGAUAUCAUCAGUAUGCUUAUGUUUUGGUUAUUAUAAAAAUUCAUUUAAAAAAUGGGCUUCUCAUGAUGUAGCAAUAGUGAUGAUUUCUAUAACAUGUCUUUAUACUGCAAUUGUUGUAAUAAGACCCGGGAAAACAUUUAUAAGAAAGUUUUUAAAUGUAUUCAAAAUUAAGGUUUGUUAAUAUAGUG